CUCGGAGCCUGUGGAUUGAGGUGGAGGAGCGGCUGGCGGCUGGGGUCUUCGUCUCCUGGCCGGCGGUAAGUGCCGCGCUGGCUGGGCUCGCCGCUUCGGAUGCUGCGGACACUCGGCCGUGGGAACCGGGCGUCUCCGUUUUCAGUUUCCGCUUCGGGGCGCUAGUGCCGGCUGAGGAGGGAGCGUUCACUGCCUCCACCUGGUUUUAUUCACAUUCUAAGGAGAGUGUGGUGGGGAGCCAUGGAUCCCGCAGCACUGGUGGAAGCCGUUGUGGAAGAAGUGGCCUGUCCCAUCUGCAUGACCUUCCUGAAGGAGCCCGUGAGCAUUGACUGUGGCCACAGCUUCUGCCACGGCUGUCUCUCUGGGCUCUGGGAGGUCCCAGGAGAAUCCCAGAACUGGGGUUACUCGUGUCCCCUCUGCCGGGCUCCCGUCCAGCCAAGGAACCUGCGGCCUAAUUGGCAGCUGGCCAAUGUUGUAGAAAAAGUCCGUCGGCUAGGGCUGCAUCCAGGGAUGGGGCUGAAGGGCGACAUGUGUGAACCCCAUGGGGAGCACCUGAGGAUGUUCUGCAAAGAAGAUGGCCUGAUCCUGUGCGAAGCCUGCAGCCGGUCCCCUGAGCAUGAGGCCCACAGUGUCAUGCCCAUGGAGGAUGUCGCCUGGGAUUACAAGUGGAAACUGCAUGAGGCUCUGGAACAUCUGAGGAAGGAGCAAGAAGAGGCCUGGAAGCUGGAAGUCAGUGAGAGGAAGCGGACUGCCAACUGGAAGGUACAGGUGGAAACCCGAAAGCAGAGUAUCAUGUGGGAGUUUGAGAAAUAUCAGCGGUUACUAAAGAAAAAACAGCCACCAGGACGGCGGCUGGAGGUGGAGGCGGCUGCAGCUCUGGCCAGCCUAGAGCAGGAGGAAGGGGAGACCAUGCAGAAACUGGAGUCGAAUCACAAUGCGCUCAUCCGGCAGAGCCGGGUCCUGUGGAAGAUGAUCACGGAGCUGGAGGAGAGGUCCCAGAGGCCUGUCCGCUGGAUGCUGCAGGGUAUUCAGGAAGUCUUAACCAGGAGCAAGUCUUGGAGCCUGCAGCGACCAGAGCCGGUCUCACUGGAGCUGAAGACGGACUGCCGCGUGCUGGGGCUAAGAGAGAUCCUGAAGACAUAUGCAGCGGACGUGCGCCUGGAUCCAGACACUGCCUAUUCUCGCCUCAUCGUGUCUGAGGACCGAAAAUGCGUGCGCUACGGAGACACCAAGCAGAAACUGCCCGACAAUCCUGAGAGGUUUUACCGCUACAAUAUCGUCCUGGGCAGUCAGUGCAUCUCCUCGGGCCGACACUACUGGGAGGUGGAGGUGGGAGACAGGUCCGAAUGGGGCCUGGGUGUGUGUAAGGAAAAUGUAGACCGGAAGGAGGUGGUCUAUCUGUCCCCCCACUAUGGCUUCUGGGUGAUUAGGCUGAGGAAGGGCACUGAGUACCGGGCAGGCACCGAUGAGUACCCGCUCCUGUCCCUGCCCGUCCCGCCCCGCCGGGUGGGAGUCUUCCUGGACUACGAGGCCCACGAUAUCUCCUUCUACAAUGUGACUGACAACGGCUCUCACAUUUUCACCUUCCCCCACUAUCCCUUCCCUGGGCGCCUCCUGCCCUAUUUCAGUCCUUGCUAUAGCAUCGGAGCCAACAACACCGCUCCUCUGGCCAUCUGCUCCCUGGAUGGGGAGGACUAAGAGCCCCCUAUCCUAGCCAGGGGCCUUGGAAUUGUGCCUGGCCCACAGGGGGCUUGGAGGGCCCUGCCCCUGACAAGGGUCCUCUUGAACUGAGCCGAGCCUGGAAUCCAGGGAUUCCUCUGCCUGACCCAGUGCUCUGCUGCUCCUGGGGCAAAGUCUCCCACCAAACCACUCGUGUGAAAAAGCCAAGACUCAGCAAAACAGCAUCACACCCCUGAGGUGCUUAUGGUGAGGAUCAGGGCGGUUCUUUCUGCCGCUCCUGCCCCUCCUCCCCAUCCCCGUCAGUGCCAUAAUUCAGUCAUGAGGACGAUGAAGUGGAUCCAGUCUUCAGGAAACCUGUUGGAUAGGGUUUACCAACGAGCCAAACACAUAAUGUCCGUAUCCAGAGCUGGCUGCUAUGCGGGUACCAGCAGGAGGAUGCCUCAGUGAGGUCUGAUGCCUUUGAGCCCCCACAUCUGACCCCAGCUUUCUGUCCUCCCAGCUAGAGAACGGCGUCACCCAUUGCCCAGACCACCCCAGUGGCCGUCCCCUCUCUGAGCAGCGGCUGGGCAAGUCACCCUCAGACUCUAAGGAGACCUGACCUGGUCAUGCCCUUUUCUCUAAAUGUCAGGACCAGAAAACCUGUGAGCCUUGUUUCCAUUUUCACUUCAUGGAUGGAUAAACUGAAUGGCCUUAGUGCAGCCUGAUACGUCUCACAAAGCCGUGGGAAGAAGAGUGUAAGGAUUAUACAUAUUCAAAUGAAGCAAAAUUGACAAACUCGCUUCUCAGGUCACAUGUCUGCGUAUUAUUCAUUACAUUCAGGUCUGGAUCACUCCUGCGUUUGAAACAUUUAAAGUGUCCUCAAUGGGAGAAUGGGUAUAGUAACUGUAUACUCGCCUACCUCGUGGGAUCGUGGUGAAGAUCUCAGGUCCAUGCCAUGCUUUUGUUCCUUGCUCAGGGACAGGGAAGGCAGGCUGGGGAUUUUUGCCUAGGUGACCUUCCCAUCUUGCCUUGUUCCAGCAUCUUUGCAGCACUGCCUUAGUUUCUUAGGGCCUCUCCUGACAGUCUGGAGCCCUUGAGACAGAGAUGCCCAUGCCCUGGCAAACUCCAGGCCACAGUGAUGUAUUGUGCAUCUAUUAUAUGUGUUUUGUUUUUGAGCAGCGACUGUGACAAUGAAAAUGAUAACAAGAAAAGUGUAAAACAAACGCACGGAAAGGAAGGCUCACCCACGAGCUCUUUGGGCUAAUGUUUGGGUCUUUGUAUGUCACCAAGGGAAUCCUCCUGGUUCUGGUAACUACAUAAUAUUCUACCUUUCUCUUCUCUAAAUCUGUGACAGAAGGAGGAAAGCAGCAGGGAAGUGUAGGGAGAAAGAUUAGGACCCAGCACAAAAAGCCAUAUAUUAUAAGGAAAAGGAAUUAAGACUAUGUCUGGACCCUUUAGAGUGACUGUUGUGUGUGGUAGAAAUAAUUCAUUGCAAGUCUUAAGAGUAUGAUGUGGGAAUGAUUGCGUUGGAAACAAACUGUAAGGCAAGCAUAUGAGAAGUAUUGGUUUUGCCUAUAGUGAGGGGCUACAAUGUACACUUCACAUACUGUCACCGUGAUUCUCCGAUGUAGUUUCAGCUUGAAGGUAGUGACUGGUGAGUUAGGAUUGGGCAGCAAAGUAGAUACAGGCAGAAGGGAAAUAAUUCCUGUAACAAAGAAUAGCAAAAAUUGUCUUUCUACCUUAAUUGUGUUGGUUGUUCACAAAUGAAGGAGGUGAAAACAGGCCAAAAUGGAGAAAUAAACUCCUGCCCACCAGGCUUCCAAGUUGCUCUUUGAACAUUAGCCGUAGAAGAGGAAUGAACUGGUAAGUCACAGACCUGGUCUUGGCAAAGGGUUGAGCUGACCUACGUUAGAGGGACCGUAUGUCUUUGUGUGGUGGGAACUCCCUGGGGAAGUGUGUAUAGACUUGAGAAAUUAGGGCAUGCUUCCAGUUAUAUCCAUGGACACUUACCAGAGGGGCUAGGGGCCGAAUCAGUGUUGUUCUUGUACUUUGGUUAUUUAUUAGGACAAAUCUUGGAAGAUUCCUAGAAAAAGGAUUAUUAGGUGAUAAAUUCAUUCUAACCUAGAAUGAAUUAAGGAAUGGAAUGGCUUCAUUUGUAAUAUGCUCUUUGGGUUGCUUUCUUGUUUGUUUUAUUUUGUUUUUACAUUUAUAAGCUGAUUUGGGUGCUAUGAUUACUUGUUAGAAGAAUUAAAAGGUUAAACACAUUAUAUGUUAUCAUAAUGCCUGAUCUUUAAGACCAGGCAAGAAGAGCUUAAGGUCUUAAGUGUAUGAAAAACCCCUUUCUCUAAGGGGGUUGCUUAGAAUUCCCUUCUAAGAACUCUGUGAAAGCAAGGGCCUCAUUUGUCUGGUUCACCAUUGUAACCCCAGUCUAGCAUAUUGUGUGUGUGUGUUUGUGUGUGUAUGUGAAAAGUUAAGUGAAGGAACUUUCAUCCGUAUGCCUAGAAUCAAAACAAAAAUCAGAUCCUCUUGCUUCGUAGGGGCAUGAAAGACUGGAUGCUACUUAAUUUUAACCCUAUUCAAAAACUGAUUUGAUAGAUAAUUACAAAAGUGGUCUGGAAAGGGAAGAGGCAGGUAACCGAGUGGAAGGGAGAAUGCCCUGGAGGCAGGUGGAGGAUAGAAUUCUCUGGAGUGCCUAGGGUUGUAGCUCCAGCUGGGUGUGAUGAGGGAAGGAUGAGCUUUGCCCGUCCUUGUUUUACUGGUGGACAAACCGAGGGGUGCAAUGCCUGAGCCUUGAGGGGAAAGGCCCUUCAAAGGGUAAAAUGCUUGCAUUCUGCAGAAGGUGGAGACAGAGGGCAAAUUCUUGGGUUCACUACUCCCCAAGGAAAUCCAGCCUUCCUUAUUUUCAAGCAGAACUGGUUGUAAUCUGAGCAUCUCCUGUGGGUCCCAGGCUCUAGUCAAACGAGCACACAGUGCUUCAUGUGAUAGGGCAGGGUUCGUAUCUGAAUGUGUCGGGACAAGUCCAGGGUUUUCUUUUUGGGAUAGCCAUGAAAGGGAACCAGUCCACUUUGGGAAGUAUGUAGUUCGAUAUGUGAGUAUCAACGGUGGGUCCCAGCUAGUUUCAUUGAAUACCAUUGUGAAUGAAACAGCUGGCAGGAUGGCCUUCUGAUGGAAAUGCUGGGACGAAAUCUCUUUUGGGUGCAGGCUGGACUAUCCCUUUGUCACUUUCCAUCAGAUUCUUUAAGGUGUCUAAUAUUCUUUGACUUAAUGAACACAGCCAAUUCAUUGGGUUGCUCGUGGAGAAAGAAUAGCGUGACUUGUCAAAAUGGAAAUCUUAUCAAAUAGACUUAACCAUCUCGUGAUCUUGAUUUGGUUUUGUGUUGUGGGGUUGUAAGGGGAGGAGAAUUUCUUUUUACUACUCUAGGAACUCAUUGCAUCAUUAUCUGAUUGUUAGAGGCUGAUUCCUACUUCUCUGAUAUUCAGAAGUAGAAUACAUUCAAGGUAGGUAAAUAAUAUCAAGAUUAGCAAAAAGUAUAGAUGCUAAGUCGUUGAGCAGCAGCUCUCUUUGGAACAGUUACUACAUGAAUACUGACAUACACAGGACUAUAGUUUUGGUGGUGCCUAGGACUACCCUCUUAAAAUUAUGGAAUUAGGAAUUUAUUGGGUAUAUUUUUAAAGUAUAUACAGUAAAUCAGAUGUUGCAUUAUGUACUUUUAUUCAUUAUUGUAUUUAAUCUUUAAUACCUUCUACAAAUUAGCAUGUUUUCCCCAUCAGUAGAAAGGAGAUAUUAAGACUUAGAAACAGUAGCUUGCUAUCAACACUUAGUAGAUUGUCUUUUAUUAAGAUUUUCAAAUGUAUCAGAGUCAAAUACAUGUUAUCUCUUACUAUGAAAUCUUUUUCUUUUAAUGUAUACUGAAUAGUCCGUGUAAGACUUUCUGAAAGGGGAAAAUAAAAACAGAAACCAUUGAAAUAA